ACCAUGUAGACACUUCUGAGCAGUUGGAGCAUUCCCAGCCUUGCCUCGGGUGUAGGGAUUGCAAGGAGAAAGCAAAACUGCACGGCCUUAUCACUGUGUAGUUUUGUUUUUAGGGGAUAUUUCGAGGUUCAACCGUUCUCUUCUUGGAUUUUGUGGAAUCUUCUUUGGAUACGGAGACUGUUGCUUAAGUCACCUGGGCCUAGUCCCAUCAAUUGAAGGCAUCCUUGUGGAUACAAGGUGCCGAGCAACAUGUCGACACAGGCGCCAACAUUCACACAGCCGCUGCAAAGCGUUGUGGCACUAGAGGGUAGUGCUGCAACGUUUGAGGCUCAAGUUACUGGUUCCCCAGUUCCUGAGGUAAGCUGGUUUCGUGAUGGCCAGGUCCUUUCUGCUGCCGCUCUUCCCGGCAUUCAGAUCUCGUUCAGCGAUGGCCGCGCUGUUCUGAGGAUCCCUGCAGUGACUGCCACACACAGUGGAAGAUUUUCUGUGAGAGCCACCAAUGGUGCAGGACAAGCCACUAGCACUGCUGAGCUCCUAGUUACAGCUGAGACUGCGCCACCCAACUUUAUUCAGAGACUUCAGAGUUUGACAGUAAGACAAGGAAGCCAAGUGAGACUGGAUGUUCGUGUGACAGGAAUCCCUACACCUGUGGUGAAGUUCUACAGGGAGGGAGCUGAGAUACAGAGCUCCCCCGAUUUUACGAUUGUUCAAGAAGCAGACCUUUACAGUUUACUGAUUGCUGAAGCCUUCCCAGAGGACUCUGGGACAUACUCUGUGAAUGCCGCAAACAGCAGCGGAAGAUCUACCUCUACUGCUGAACUUCUGGUUCAAGGUGAAGAGGCCGUGCCUGCGAAGAAAACCAAGACUGUGAUUUCCACUUCUCAAAUGUCUCAGAGCCGCCAGACCAGAGUGGAAAAGCGGGCCGGGGCUGGUUUCCAGACCACCACCAUGACUGAGAUGCAGGUAGAAGGAGGCGGCAUGACUCAACAUUUAGCACACAAGACUCCCCCAAGGGUUCCUCCCAAACCCACCUCCAAGUCCCCCACCCCACCGUCUCUGGUGGCCAGGGUGGCCGGAGGUCGCCAUCAGUCUCCCUCCCCGGUCCGACACGUGAAGGCCCCCACGCCCACGCCUGGCAGGCCUGUCAAGUCCCCCCUCACCACCCGCAAACAGAUGGCUUCAGGGGCCGACGUCCUGCCCCCCUGGAAGCAGGCCGGCUUCAUGAGUGAGGCCAGCUACACCUCUAUGACCUCCACCUCUACCCAGCUUAGAACCUCCUCCACUCAGAUGCAGAUGGAGCAGCACUGGGAACAGCAAGUGAUGGCUGUCAAAGAGGGGGAGGGAGUUGGAAGAGUAGGGGCAUUGGCCACCGUGAUGGCUGCUGUUGACCUAGCUCGUGUUCGUCAGCCUGUGCAUGUGGAGCAAUCUGGAGCUGAAGAGGAGCCUGUAGCCCUACAGCUGCAGGCUGCUGCUCCACACGUUAGCCUUGAUCUAAAUGUGCCACUCUCCCAGAUUCAAAGAACCACAGAAACCAGCAGCCAGGUGGAAGCUGGUCUUACCCCUUCCCCACUUCCAAAGUUCACAGUUUCUAAAGUUACUGUUCCUAAACAUGACUCUAGCUAUGAGGUCUCGAGGGCAGGCUCUGCCAUCUCCUCUCUGCAGAAAGACUUAUCCUCCCACUCAACCACUAGAAUGAUCAUCAAACCAGUCAAGUCUCCAAGUUCUUCUUGUAGGGUUGUGGAGACACGAGUGACCACAGAGCCCUCUCUGUUCAGAGAUGUGGUGUACACAGGCAGCAUGGAGGGGAUGUAUGAGGACUGGGAAGCCCUGGGGAAGGAGACUGAGGGUGCUGCUGUACCCACUCCCACAGAGAGUGUCGUUCCACCCACGCUGCUGGCUGGCUUAAAGAACCUGACUGUUACAGAGGGCGAGUCUGUGUCUCUGGAGUGCCAGAUCACUGCUAAUCCCAGCCCGAUCAUCAUGUGGUUCAGAGAGGACUACAAGAUCGAGAGCUCCAUUGACUUCCAGAUCAGCUAUGAGAAUGGAUUUGCACGUCUGGUGAUCCGUGAAGCCUUUGCUGAAGACAGCGGCCGCUUUACCUGCACAGCAACCAGCGAGGCUGGGACAGUCAGCACGUCCUGCUAUCUGCUCGUACAGGUGUCAGAAGAGAUUGAGAGCCGAGAGGAAAUGGUUGCCAUCUCCAAGCAAGUGCACAUUUCUCAAGUGACAGAGGUGUCAAGAGAGGAGACAAUGUCCGAGAUCAGCAUAACUGAGUCUGAUACCAGUGCUGCCAUUGCACCAUUCUUCAUCAAGAAGCCCAGCGUCCAGAAGCUGAGAGGAGGAAGCGUUGUGUUUGAAUGCCAAGUCGGAGGAAGCCCUAAACCACAUAUUAUCUGGAAGAAGAGUGGCUUGCCCCUCACUACCGGAUACAGAUAUAAAGUAGCCUACAAGAAGGAGACAGGAGAAUGCAGAUUGGAGAUCUCCAUGACCUUUGCUGAUGAUGCAGGAGAGUAUCUUUUUGCCAAGAACCAGCUUGGAGAAGCCUCAGCUUCCGCCACUCUGAUGGAUGAAGAGGAAUAUGAAGCCUUCCUGAAGAAACUAGAAGCUACCUUUACCACUCAAGUGACCUCCAUGGUGCUGGAACCCAGUGUGGGCGAUGUUGCUCCUGGUGUUAUGUCCUCUCAGAGGACCACCACCAUUACAUCCGGACAGGAAUUUCAUCUUUCUGCGAUUGAGCAGAGGAUCAUCCAGGAGAUUGAGCUCAGGAUCAUGACAAUUACCUAUCAACACAUUGUAACCGAGGAUGGAGAACUAAUGGUGACUGCAGCAGAAUAUGAGGCCUUGCAGCCAGGAUUUGCCACACCUGUCAAAAACUACAGGAUCAUGGAGGGAAUGGGAGUCACUUUCCACUGUAAAAUGGAAGGAAUCCCACUUCCCAAGAUUGCUUGGUACAAAGAUGGCAACCGUCUUCAACAUGGCGGCCGUUGUCAGAUGGAGGUUCUCCAGGAUGGCAGAGCCAGCCUUCGUCUGCCUGUGGUGCUUCCAGAGGAUGAGGGCGUUUACACCGCCUUUGCCAGCAACAUGAAGGGUAAUGCUGUCAGCUCUGGGAAGCUGUAUGUCGAACCCUCUGGAGCAGCAACUCCUCAGGCAUACAAUCCCCAGCCAGCAAUGCAGAGAAUCAGGUCUACCUCUCCUCGUUCUAUGAGUCGCUCACCUGGCCGUUCUGCCAGCGGCUCUCCGGCUCGCAGGCUUGAUGAGACGGAUGAAGCUCAGCUGGAGAGACUCUACAAACCUGUCUGUCUGAAGCCUUCCUCAUGUAAAUGCACUGAGGGGCAGACUGCCAGAUUUGACCUGAAGGUUGUCGGAAGGCCGAUGCCUGAAACAUACUGGUUCCACAAUGGUCAUCAAGUUGUGAGUGACUUCACCCACAAGAUUGUUGUUAAAGAAGAUGGAACACAGUCUCUGAUAAUUGUAACAGCCAUGCCUCACGAUUCUGGAGAAUGGACAGUUGUUGCUCAGAAUAGAGCUGGAAAAUCCUCCAUCUCCAUCACUCUGACUGUCGAUGCUAAAGAAAGCCUGAUACGUCCCCAGUUCAGCGAAAAGCUGAAGAACAUCAGUGUGAAACAGGGAACUCUGGUGGAGUUGGCUGUCAGGGCCAUCGGAAACCCCAUUCCUGACAUUGUCUGGCUGAAAAACAGUGAUAUUACUCCACACAAGCAUCCUAACAUCAGGAUCGAAGGAACUAGAGGAGAGGCCAAAUUCCAGAUCCGUUCAUCUGUUGGCUCUGACAGUGCCUGGUACACAGCUACAGCCAUCAACAAGGCUGGAAGAGAUACCACUCGCUGUAGGGUCAAUGUUGAGGUAGAAUUUGCUGAACCUGAACCAGAGAGGAAGCUGAUUAUAACCAAAGGAACCUACAAGUCAAAAGAUAUUGCUGCCCCUGAAUUGGAGCCCCUUCAUCAACGUUAUGGCCAAGACCAAUGGGAGGAGGGAGACCUUUAUGACAAAGAGAAGCAGCAGAAACCACAGUUCAAGAAGAAGCUGACUUCUGUCCGAAUGAAGCGUUUUGGGCCAGCUCAUUUUGAGUGCAGACUGACUCCUAUUGGUGACCCCACUAUGGUCGUUGAGUGGCUGCACGAUGGCAAACCUCUUGAUGCUGCCAAUAGGCUGCGCAUGGUCAAUGAGUUUGGCUAUUGCAGUCUGGACUAUGAAGUUGCCUACCCUAGAGACAGCGGUGUUAUUACCUGCAGAGCUACAAACAAGUUUGGUGUUGAUCAAAAUUCGGCCACCCUUGUGGUUAAGGAUGAGAAAGGCCUUGUUGAAGAGUCCCAGCUCCCCGAGGGAAUAAAGGGAGCACACAGAAUUGAUGAGAUGGAGCGUAUGGCUCAUGAGGGAGGACCCACUGGUAUAAGUGCUGAUGAUGAAACAGAAAAGUCAAAACCAUGCAUUGUUCUGGUUCCAGAACCAGCUGUAAUUGUGGAAGGAGAAACGGCGAGAUUCCGUUGCAGAGUGACUGGUUAUCCAACACCAAAGGUAAACUGGUACCUUAAUGGACAACUCAUUCGCAAGAGUAAGAGAUACAGACUGCGUUAUGAUGGCAUUUACUACCUGGAGAUAGUUGAUGUCAAAUCGUAUGAUUCGGGAGAGGUCAAGGUGGUUGCCGAUAGCAACCUGGGCUCAGCUGAACACAAAGUGAAACUGGAGAUCCAGCAGAAGGAAGACUUGAGAACACUUCUUCGUCGUUCAGAUGGCAAAGUUCCAGAAGCUGUUUCUGAAGCAGGAAAAACACAAUUCGAGCUUGUGAAGGUGGAGAAAAAAGAGGACUCUCAGCUGAAAGAAGUUGUUACACUGAAAAAGACCCAGAGAGUUGUCCAUGAGAAAUCCACAGAAGAAACAGAGGAACUGAGAGGCAAGUUUAAGCGCAGAACAGAGGAAGGAUUCUAUGAGUCAAUCUCUGCUGUGGAGUUGAAGUCUCGCAGGAAGGAUGAGUCUUAUGAGGACCUACUGAAGAAGACAAAGGAUGAACUGCUUCACCGUGCCAAGGCAAAAGAGGAGGCUGAGAAGUUAAAGGAAGAAGAACGUCGUAAAGUUACUGACCCAUUAAAACCAGAGAGGAUUAAGCUCUCUGCAAGCAUGGUAGCCCCGAAGAUCAUUGAGCGCAUCACCAGCCAGACAGUUGCACAAGGUGAUGAAGUUAAGUUCAGGGUAAGAGUUAUCGGAAGACCAGAACCAGAAUGUCAGUGGUUCAAGAAUGGCGUUCAGCUGGAGAAGUCAGAUCGGAUUAACUGGUACUGGCCCGAGGACCAGGUUUGUGAGCUGGUGAUCACAAAUGUGACCCCAGAAGAUUCGGCCAGUAUCAUGGUCAAAGCCAUGAAUUCUGCUGGGGAGACUUCUGGUCAUGCUUUCCUGCUAGUGCAAGGAAAGCAAGUCCUCACCUUCACACAGAAACUUACAGAGGUCAAUGCCAAGGAGAAGGACACCAUGGCCACCUUCGAGUGUGAGACCAACGAGCCUUUCAUUAAAGUGAAAUGGAUGAAGAACAACAUGGAUAUCUUUUCUGGAGACAAAUACAGGAUGCAUUCUGACAGAAAAGUCCACUUCCUGUCUGUGCUGAUGAUCUCUAUGAAAGACGAUGCAGAUUACAGUUGUGUUGUUAUCGAAGAUGACGCAGUCAUAACCACUUCCAGGCUAAGCGUUGAAGGUGCUCCGUUGGAGAUAGUGAAGAACCUUGACAGCACUGAGGUUCCUGAAUCCUACUCUGGAGAGUUUGAGUGCAUCGUGACCCGUGAAGAUGCUGAGGGCACUUGGUAUUUUGGAGACAAAGUGAUCUCUAGUAGCAACAAAUACAUAAUUUCCUCCCGCCGUGGAAGACACACUCUGUCAGUCAAGGAAGUCAAGAAAGAGGACCAGGGGAAAUACACCUUCAAAGUGGAAGAUUUCAAGUCAAGUGCAUCUCUCAAGAUGAAAUUGCGACCUGUGACACUGAUGCAGCCCCUGAGUGAUCUGACAGUCUGUGAAGGAGACAUUGCUCAGCUGGAGGUGAAGUUCUCCCAGGCGAACGUUGAAGGAACCUGGAUGAAGAAUGGCCAGGUCCUGUCAUCCUCCAACCGUGUCCACAUUGUUAUCGACAAACAGAUACACAAACUCCUGAUAGAGGACACCAUCAAAGAUGACUUUGGAACAUACUCCUUUAUGAUUCCUGCUCAGGAGAUCUCAACCUCUGCAAAGCUGACCGUCCAGACUAUCGGAGUCUUGAUCACGCUGAAGGAUAUCAGUACUAUUGAGGGAACCAAGGCUGUUCUGGAGACAAAGAUCUCAGUUCAGGACAUCACCGCUGUCAAAUGGUACCAAAAUGAUGAACUGCUGAUAGCCAGUGAGCGAGUUCAGAUGGUGUCCAAGGGGGCCAAGCAGCGUCUGGUCUUCAACAGGACCUUUGCCUCAGAUGAGGGACAGUACAAACUGGUGGUGGGAAAGGUUGACACCAGCUGUAGACUGUCUGUACAGGAGGUCACGAUUGUUAGCCCAAUGAAGGACAAGGUGUGCUCAGAAUCUGAAAAUGUCACCUAUGAAGUUGAAGUCUCACACCCUGGCAUAGAUGCUUUUUGGACCUUCAAUGGUCAGCCCCUCAAAGCCGGACCGAAGUACAAGAUGGUGUCCAAGAAGAAGAGCCACUCUCUCACUGUGCUGAAUGCCAUGAAGGAUGAAGAAGGGGAAUAUAUGUUUGGUGCUGGAGAAAAGUCCUGCUCUGCCACACUUACUGUUUCAGGUGGAGCUAUCAGGAGGCCCCUCUUUGACUUGGUGGUUGCCGACUCCCAGACUGUUGAGCUGGAGUGUGAGGUGGCCAAUGCCUCUGUCGAGGGGAAAUGGCUAAAGGACGGCCAACAGUUGGACUACAGCGACAACGUUGUGAGUGAGGUGAAUGGCGCAGUAAGACGCCUGGUGAUCAUCAUUAGUAAAGCUUCAGACAUUGGAGAAUACACCUACCAGGUGGCCAACUCCAAGACCACAGCCAGUCUGAAAGUCGAAGCUGUGAAGGUCAAGAAGACCUUGAAGAAUCUCAAAGUUGUUGAGACCAAGGAUGCAGUAUUCAGUCUUGAGCUGACCCAUGAGAAUGUGAGAGGAUCUCAGUGGAUCAAGAAUGGUUUUGAAAUCCUCCCUAGUGAUAAAUAUGAAAUCUCUGUUGUGGGUACAGUCCACACACUGACAAUCAAGAACUGCAACACCCAGGACGAGUCUGUUUAUGCUUUCAAAUUGGGGAAACUGUCUGCCAACGCUAGACUCAAUGUCGAAACGAUCAAGAUCCUGAAGAAGCUGAAGGAUGUGACCUCCCUGCUGGGAGCGAUGGUAACAUUUGAAUUGGGGCUGUCAGAGGAUGACAUCCCUGUGCGAUGGAUGUUAAAUAACGUGCCGCUGGAAGCCAACAAGCAAUUUAGUAUGCUCUCAGAGAAGAAGAGUCAUAAGUUGAUCAUCCAGGAAGUGGACUCCAGUAAGAAAGGAGAAUACACUGCUUAUGCAGGCCACCUGCAUUCCAGUGCUCACCUCAUUGUGGAGGCUCUCAGCGUGACCAAGCCCUUGAAGAAUGUGGAGGUACCAGAGACCCAUGUGGCCACUUUGGAGUGUGAAGUUUCCCAUUUUAAUGUCCACUCUACUUGGCUGAGGAAUGGUGUGGAGAUGGAGAUGAGUGAGAAGUUCAGUAUUGUGGUCCAGAGCAAACUUCACCAGCUCAAGAUCAUGAACACGACCACUGAGGACUCUGCAGAGUACAGCUUUGUCUGUGGAAAUGACAGAGUCUCUGCGACUGUUACUAUUCUUCCAAUCAUUAUCACCAGGAUGAUACGAGAUGUGAAUGCUCAGGAGAAGGAAACUGUGACCUUUGAGCUUGAUGUUAACUAUGAGGGAAUCAUCUAUAAAUGGCUGAAGAAUGGUGCAGAGAUACGCUCCACAGAAAGGAGCCAGAUUCGCUGCACACAGCUAACACACUCUCUUACCAUCAAAAACGUCCACUUUGGAGACAGCGCAGAGUACACGUUCAUGGCUGGUUCUGCCCUUACUUCCGCUAAAGUCUUUAUUGAAGCUCGUGUGGUAGAAUUCACCAAACACUUGAAAGAUUUGAAGAUCACGGAAAAGAAGAGGGCAACUUUUGAGUGUGAGGUGUCUGAGCCUAACAUCCAGGUCAUGUGGAUGAAGGAUGGUCAGGAGUUGGAGAUGUCUGGAAGACUGAAGAUGACGUCAGAGAAGUUCUUGCAUCGCCUGAUCCUGCCAUCGGUGCGUCUGUCGGACUCUGGGGAGUUCACUGUGGUCGCCGGGGCCAGCAUGUCCAAGGGUCAUCUGACGGUGGAAGGACGGGACGUUAAGAUCUCUGAGCCAGCAAACCGAACAAUCACCGUUGUGGAGAAACAAAGAGCCACCUUUGAGUUUGAGGUGAAUGAGGAUGAAGUAGAGGGCCGCUGGCUGAAGAAUGGAAUUGAGAUCCAGUUCACAGUUGAGAAGAGGUUUAACUACGUGAGCAUCAAGAAGAAGCACCGUCUCACCAUCUCUGAAACCUACAGAAGUGAUGCUGGCGAAUAUACCUUCAUCGCUGGCAAAAACAGGAGCACAAUGAACCUCCUUGUCAAAAUACCAGAGCCCCCUCAGAUCGUCAAGCACAUGGAGCCCCAGUCGGUGGAAGCUGGAAAACCAGCUCGCUUCACGGUCGCAGUGACUGGUUCCCAGCCACAGGUCUCCUGGUACAAGAACUCCCAGGCUUUGUCUUCUGGCUUCAAGUGCAAGUUCCUUUGUGAAGGAAACGACCACACUCUGCUGCUGAUCGAGGUGUUCCCAGAGGAUGCAGCUGUGUACAACUGUGAAGCCAAGAAUGACUACGGAGAGGCAACUACCUCAGCUGCUCUUAAUGUGGAAGUUCCUGAGGUGGUAUCGCCAGAGUCUGGGCCUCAGAUGUCAGCUCCUGUGAUCUCCAGACCACUGAAGGACCUACUGGUGUUCCAGGGUAGACCUGCUCAACUCCAGUGCACUGUCUCUGGAGAAGACUUGCAGGUGGUGUGGUAUUGUAAUGGGAAAGAGAUCAAGGACUCAGACAUCUACCGGAUGACUCGGUCCGGGGAGACCUGCCAGCUAGAUGUGUCUGGGGUGCAAUCAGCCAGCAGGGAGAGUACAUGUGCACCGCCAGAAACACAGCAGGAAGGGUGUCAUGCAGUGCGAAGCUGAGCCUAGAUGAUGAAAAGGCACAAGCCUUAGCUAGCUCUGAGUGUGAAACAGUGGUCAUUCAGAGAGAGCAUGUUCAGUCAGAGAGCUCCCACAGUGUGGAGAUGGUGUCGGAGAUGUCCUCCAUGUCUACCACGAUCUUAUCCUCUUGGAGGAGCGUUGAUGUUCAGAGCUUCUUGUCUGAGGGUCUCCCAGCCGCCCC